AUGAGAGAAGAAUUAAACGUUUCCAGUCUGUCUGUUGUUACGCUUAUGAAAGUGAACUUCAGUGUAGACAAGCCCUGCUUAGCACAAAACCACAAAAUUGCCGUCCCGGUGAAAAACGAGACCAGGAAGACCAGUGAAGCACAAAAAAACCGGGAGGCAAUAUUUAUAUGUAUACAAUCAGCCAAAGAGUAA